AUGAAGUUCACUUUGCUUUUGACGUCUGCAGCUCUGGCGACUGCCAUCACUGUGCAGCCACCACUUGGACAAUAUGGCGUUGCAACUACCACCAUGGGACUUGUCGACACUUCGAGAAAUGACACGUAUGCGCUCAAGCCAGAACACAGGCGUAUCAUGGUCUCUGCCUACUACCCAGCGACUUCAGCCAAGAAAUGCCAGCCCGUCAUGGUCCCCUACAUGACUCCCGCAACCGCAAUUGUCUAUGAUGAGAUGUAUGCACCCCUCGGCAUCCCAAACGGCACAUUUGCCUCCUUCGAGUUGUCCACGUGUGCCUUCAACCGCAAGGAUCGCAGCGUGAGAUCAAAGGGCUUUCCCAUCGUUCUCUUCUCACCCGGCUUGGGCAAUUCUCGACUGAUUCACGGCGCAAUGGCUCAAUCACUGGCCAGCCAUGGCUUUGUGGUCAUCACCCUGGAUCACGCUUAUGAUGCGAGUAUCGUGGAGUACCCAGACAAGACCGUCGCACUCGCCGCCGACAUUUCCUCCGACGAGCAGAUAGCGGCAGACGUACUUGUUCGCCAGCAGGAUGUGUCUUUCCUCAUCACUCAACUGCAAAGUCGCUCUAUCAGACAAUACCUCUUCCACGACAUCGCAAACACAAAGUCAUUGAGCAACAUCCUUGUCAUGGGCCACUCUCUAGGCGGUGCAACCGCUGCAGCUGCAAUGCUGGCCGAUCACCGUAUAGCCGCAGCCAUCAACCUCGACGGAUCACUUUUCGGCAACGUCUUGCACAAAGGCUUGACUUCCCCCUUCAUGAUCAUGAGCCAUCAGGCCAAAACCUUGACCACUGAUGCUUCGUGGAAGCAAGUCAGGCCAAAGGUUUCGGGCACAAAGCUUGCCGUUACGAUCAAUGGAACGCAACAUGGCAGUUUUACUGACUUGCCUUUGCUGGCUGAUACGUUGGGGCUUGAUCCAAAGGCAAGCAAAGAGAUUAGUGCGCUUUUGGGAACGAUUGAGGGAGUGAGGGCUAUGGAGAUUGUUAAUGGUUUUGUGGGUCAGUUUUUCGAUUUCGCACAGGGCACGUCGAAGGACUUGGUGCCGGUGCAGAUGGCCAAGGAUUUCUCUGAAGCUACGGUGCUUGACAAGCAAAUCUGCAGAUAG